AUGGAGUACGUGGAAGCAGUGCUAACAAGCAUUGGGCUAUUGAAGGAUAUGUGGCCCUCCAUUUCUAAGUGCUUCAACUAUCACAAAAUUCUUGAUAAGAAUUGCAAAACUCUCAAAGAGAAAAUGGAGAGAUUGAAGAGUCGUGAACAAGAUAUCAAAAUUGAAUUACAAAAUGCACAAUAUCAACGAAAGAAAGAAAAAAAAGAAGUUGAAAAUUGGUUGAAAGAAGUGCAAAAUAUGAAAGAUGAUCUGGAAAGGAUGGAGCAAGAAGUUGGAAAGGGAAGAAUUUUCUCAAGAUUGGGGUUUCUAAGGCAGUCUGAAGAGCAUAUAGAAAAAACAGAUGAGCUACUUGAACGCGGUAGAUUUCCUGAAGGGAUUUUGAUUGAUUUACAAGAUGUUGUUGCUGAGAAAAUAAAUUUAGAUUUAUCAAAAGAAGAAGAUGAAAGGUUAAGAUCUGCUUUAUUAUUUGAAGCACUGCAGAAAGAGAAGAAAUUUGUUCUUAUAUUUGAUGAUGUAUGGGAGGUUUAUCCACCACGGGAGGUUGGGAUUCCAAUUGGAGUUGAUGGAGGAAAACUCAUAAUAACCACCAGAUCAAGGGAAGUGUGCUUAAAAAUGGGGUGCAAAGAAAUCAUCAAAGUGGAGCCUCUUUAUGAGGAAGAAGCGUGGGAGCUUUUCAACAAAACACUUGAACGAUACAAUGCACUUAGCCAAAAAGAAGAAAAAAUAGCCAAGGAUAUUGUCAGGGAAUGUGCGGGUUUACCUCUUGCCAUCGUCACAACAGCUAGAAGUAUGAGUGUUGCAUAUGACAUUGCCGAAUGGAGGAAUGCAUUGAAUGAAUUGAGGGAACAUGUUAAAGGGCACACAAUUAACAUGGAAAAUGAUGUAUUUAAAAUAUUGGAAUUCAGCUACAAUCGCUUGAAUGAUGAAAAACUUCAAGAAUGUUUGUUGUAUUGUGCAUUGUUUCCCGAAGAUUAUAAGAUUAGAAGGGUGUUGUUGAUCAGAUAUUGGAUUGUUGAGGGGCUUGUAGAAGAAAUGGGAAGUAGGCAAGCAGAGCGUGAUAGAGGGCAUGCUAUACUGAACAAACUUGAAAAUGGACAUGGCCAUCAACAUAACAAGAAAGAAUUCUCGAUUCAUGGUGAAAAAUGGAAGAAAUCUGGAAGAUCUGCCAAGCGAGAUAGAGUGGUCAAAUAA